AGACACAUGACGUAAAUGUCAUAUCAAAAAUAUGGCAGUGCAGAACGAAAUAUUUAUAAACUAAGGUUAAACAACAUAUAGAUAGCUAAACACGGCUACUACAAUUGGCUAGUAGCAGUUAGGUUUACUUUUCACAAUAACAAUAUGUCACUAAAUCUGAGCUCCGUUUCACAAAAAAGGACUCUCGAAAGCAUCCUUGCUGGUCGUGUGACAAAGAGGCCAAAGGUGGAGGAUACCAAGGAGCUCCAAGAGGCAGCAAUCCAACUGUUGUACCGACACCAGAACAUCUCAGGCCUGCUCUCGGAAGUCGUGAUUCAACGGCCUUCCGCAGACACGUGUGUGGAAAAAGCGGAGCAGAAACAGACUGUCUCAGAGUUUCUUCCCUCAGCUCUUACUGGAUCACUUCUAUUGCCUGUGUUGAAGCGGCAGGCAGACAAGCUUGGCGUGUCGGUGGUCGCUCUUUCUGUCAGGACUGUCCUGAAGAGACUGAGAAUGACUUGUAAUGAUGACGAUGAUUAUGAAGCUAAAGAGGGCAUUGGGGUGAAGAGAGUUCUGCUCACCUCUUGUCAGCGAGUUCAGCUGUGUUCGCUGCUGCUCUCAGCCAGAGAGCUGCUAUCUCUCGGAGCAUUCUGCCCCAAGCUCUUUUGGCAGGAGUACACAAAGCAUCAGACACAGUACAAGCUAGAGGUUGCACACCACCUUUACGCUCAGGACAUCCUGAGCAUCAAAUACAUUUUAGAGAGUGAUGCAGAAGCAAGGGUGUGGAUGGUGGCUGGGUUAAAGGCUCUCUGUAGUAGGACAUCUCCGCAGGCGCAGCAGGAAGAGGUGCAGGUGGAAGAGGAGAGAGACAUUCAGCAGGCAGUUCUUUCCUCGGUGGUGGGGGUCCUGGUGGGGAGUGGCUUUGAGGAGAACAAGGGCCCGGCGGGACCCAGCAGGAGGACCUCAGUCACCUGCUGCUCUAUACUGGACCACAUGCUCUGUUGGCUCCUAGACAGCUUGGAUAUGUUGCAAGGCCAGCCAUGCGGUGAGGCAGCACUGGAGAAUUGGGUCCAGCUGCUGGAUGCGUCUCUUUGUGGCACCUCAGCGUCGCCAGAAGCCCUGCGCCGCUUCUUCAUGCACAGCCUCACACAGACACUCACCUACAAACCUCGCCUUAAAGUGUCAGAUGCCAUCGCCAUGCAGAACGAGUGGAGCUUUGCUAAAACCAGCAGGUUGCUGACUGUCCUGUUUCGUAAGCUGGCCAUAGUCUUCAGUGUGGAGGACUUGCUCAUUCAGCUGCAGCAGGUGUUGGAGACUCACGAAGUAAACUGGCAGAACGUCCUCAGCUUCUUGUCCACCCUGCUGGUCUUCAACCCCAAUGCCCAGCCCUGCCUCAGAGAAAUGCUGGGCAAGUUGCUGGCUUCAGCAUUUGAAAGCUAUGAUCUAGAGAACAUGAUCACAGCCUUCUUGCUGGCUCGCCAGGGGGCCCUGGAGGGCCCCAGCUUCUUCCCCUCCUACAGCGAAUGGUUCAAGCUAUCUUUUGGUGGACAUAGCAGUUACCAUGGGAGCAGCAAGAAAUCUUUGGUGUUCCUGCUGAAGUUCCUGUCCGAUCUGGUGCCCUUUGACCCCCCUCAGUACCUCAAGGUUCACCUGCUGCAUCCCCCCUACACAGCAGUGAAGCACCGCAGCCUGAUGCAGGAGUACGUCUCCCUCGCUAAGACAAGGCUGGCCGACCUCAAGGUGUCAGUUGAGGACAUGAGUAUGUACGAAGAUGUUUCUGGGGCCACUGGAGAACCGGGGAAGCACCAGUGUCAAGCCUUACAGGAUGUGGAGAGGGCAUUGUCUCUGUUUAGAACCACAGGAAGAAUCUCUGCCACAGUAAUGGAGGCCAGUAUAUUCCGGAGGCCGUAUUUCCUCAACCGGUUUCUCCCAGCCCUGCUGACGCCACGUGUGCUUCCUUUGAAGGCUGACCUUAAGAUGACUUUCAUAGAUGCCCUAAAAAAAACUGAGAAGAUCCCUGCCGGCCAGUACUCUUCCUAUGUUGAGGCAUGUCAGAGGCAGAGACAGCAGAACAAGAAAGGGACAUCAUGUAUAGAGAAAUAUGACGGUGAUGAUAGUGAUCCUCUGGAUGGGUUGAAUGUUCAACUGAAAGCGUUUAGGAGGCUGGUGAGAGUGGGUGAAGAUGGAGAGUUCUCUGCACAGCUGGCCAGGAUCUCUCACACCCUGGGCGUUAUCUUCCCAGACCGGGCCAGCGGCCCGGACGAACAGCGGGUCAUCAAGCUUCACGUAGAUGAGCCUCUGACGUGCAAGCUGCAUGUCAAAGUGGUCGACAGUAUCCUGAGAACCUUCUGCCAGUGUCUUUUAGAUGCAUCUAGUCCACCCAAUAGACAAAGUCAGUGGGCAGCCCAGUAUGUCGAUGUCCUGCUUGGUCACACAGAGCUAGUCUCUAUCCUGAUGCACAGACUCUGGGACCUGUUUCAUAACAAGGGGUCAUCGCUGACCACUUCCCAUUUGCUGGGUCUUGCUGCUAUUGUAGUCCACCUCCAUGCUUCUCGCACCCAUAGUCCUCUGUUGCAGAUGAUGCCCAUUGUGGUGUUCCGGCCACACCCGCUCACAGAGGCCCUGAGCAACGCCUUGCUCUGCAACACACAGGACAACAUGCUCUUCUGUGUCAGGACCUCCGUGGCCGCUGUUUGCUAUGGUAUCUGCAGAAGCAACCCACUACCGCUAAAAGAGCUGCAGGACUAUAUACCCACGGGCCUUGUAAAGAAGCUCCUGUACCUCGUCCCGAGAUUGUUGCCUGAAGCUCGCAGGGCCCCACUGAGUGCCCCCUCCCCUGAGACCCUCAGGGAGCCCCCUCCGGUUGAUGGGGGGCAGGAGUGGGACCCCAGGUGUUGGGGAGGCACCGCUGGCACCUGCGUGGCCACAUGGAGGAAUUCUGCCUUGCAGCUUUGGAGGAACCCCACCUUCGGCCAACUGGCACAGCUACCGCAAUACAGGUUGUCUUUGUCGGAGUGGCUGGCGGCUGAACUAAGAGUACAGCGAAAUGAAGAUUUCUUAUCUGACCAAGAUAGGCAGGAGUACCAGCGGUGGGCCUGCAUGGAGUGCUACCUCUCUGGUCCUGUGGAGCAGGGGGGCUGUGGAGGGGACAUGAGAUCUCUGUGCACCCUCAUACUCAACGCCAUCAUGGACCAGCAAGAAGGGUCCCCUCAGGACCUCCUCUCCAACAGAAGCCUGGGGAGAAGUGGCCCAAGACUUCAAGAUACAGGCACAUGUCUACCAGACAUCCUAUCUCGAUUACAGGAGUUGGUUUAUGAGAUGCAACUGAGCGGUCAUAGAGGCAGGGAGGAGGUACGUCAGCUCCUCUUUGAGCUGCUCUCCGUGAGGUGCUCCUCCUCUGACUCACAGGGCAUCGGCAGAGAGCUACGCCUGCAGCAAACAUUACACGCAUGGAAUAGAGUUCUCCUAGCCCUCCCAGCGGAGUUGUUGGUUGUUGCAGUGAGGAACGCAGACCAGAGAUGGACUCUGAACUUCCACAGUUGCAUAGAGCAUGUCAACCAGUAUCAGAGGAGGCUGUGCUCUCCGGCUGCAGUGCUGCCCUACCAUGUCACGUCACACCUUCUGAGGGGUAUGCUGAGCGCCAGUGCGCGGUGUGCCAGCUCCUCCACGGAGGUCAACAGGGCGUGGUCUGAGGUCCCCCUGCGCUGUCCUCUGCUUCUCGUCUCCACCGUGCACUGGUGGAGUCGACUGUCACCUAUGCUGACAUCUGUGUGGCAGCGUCUCCGUGAUGAAGACCCGCUGCCAGAGCUGCUGAAGACCAUCCCUGACUGUCUGCACUGGGCCCUCGUCUCACAGCAGGCGGCGCUGUCUCCACUGCCUGAAGCUCCAGCUCUGCUGUUGGCUGCCAGUCUGCACCUCGCCAGGGGAGGCCAGGGGGGUCUGCAAGGGAAGAAGGGGCAGGCUUUCAGGGAAACGUUGGAAACACUAGUGCAAACGAAGGACAAGCACUGCACACAGGUGUUGGUCUUUCUACUUUUCCUCUGUGUGACCGACACUCUGGCAACAGUUCUCUACCCCGAGGAGUCCGGCAGGCUGGGGUCCAGGGAGAUGUGCACCGACCUCCUGACGGUGCUCGUGGACUCUCAGGACUGGCAUCUUAUAUUCAAGAUUCAGCCAGCCGAUCAAGGUCCUUACCAGGCUGUUACCAUGGCAACGCUGGAUGAGUACACACGACUGAGGUCAUUUGCAUUCUACAGCGUGCUGCUGGAGCAGAGCCCUGAGCUGCUGAAGAGGGCCGUCUUGUGUCCGGGCUUCCUCCACACUGCCGUCCUCUGCUAUGCCUACCUGUUUAAACUCUUCCUGGAUGGACACACACCCAAUCUACUGGCUGAGCCCCAUAUCAAUCAGAUGGAGCCUUCGCAGAUCUUGGACCAAGCCCGGCAGUUUUUAUUGAGGACCAUAUCCCAGACCCGCCCAACUGCUCUCUCCUCCUCCCAAUAUAGCCAGCUGGAGUCCCUGUGUGCGGAGCUGGACCCGGAGGUGGCUGCAGCCCUCUCCACACACCUCGGCCCCGCCGGGCUCAGCCAAGAGAUGGACUUCCUGCUCUGACUCACUGGGAGGACCUUUGACCCGUGAGGCCGACAAGAAACCUCCCACCCCAUCUUCAAUUCACACUUUGGUGUUCUUGGACAUGGUGUUUUGGGGGAUGUCAUUUUGGCGUAGUUUUAACGAUGUAGUUUCAGUGCUUAUAUUUAUGGUCUUAGAAACAGACUGCUGCUGGAACAUACAUCAGUAACCCCUCUAAACAUCAGGCAGCCCAUGAACCACACACACAUGACUUAUAAAGUCUGUAUUAUACAUUUGCAUCUGCCAUUGCACGGUUUACAUUAUAUAGUUGAAAUCAUUUGUUUUAUUCCUCAGAAUAACUCAAUAAAACCAUCUUACGCAAGAGGUUCAUGUUUCUACGAGUAGACACAGUCCAUGGAGCCGUCUGGAAGAACGGGUUGGCAACAAUGAAUAAUUGAAUAAAUGGUUUCAAAUGUAGGAAUUGGAUGGUGUAUUAGUAAUGGAGAAUAAAUUAUUGUUUCAAAGCUAAAAAGUUAAGAAUCAAGAGGAUUUGUGGAAAAAGUAUAGCCAUCCGUCAGCUAUUCGUUAAAUGUGUUGUGAAAAUAUGCCUUUCAAGUUGACUGCGCCGGCUUCUGUAUGAGACUUAAGGAUUUAGUCCACUACCAGCUCAUUACGGAAUCCAUCCUGCCCGUCAAUCAAAGGUGUGUGAAAUGCAAGACUUCAGAAUGUCGGAGAAACGUAGGGGAACAUUUUCUGUUUGAUAGUUCUAAUAUCACUCUGCUGCUCUCUGUACAACUCCCAAAUCAAAGCUACAGCAGCUUUAAAUGUCAGUGGUGCUCUUUAAGGAAUAAAUGUGUAUUCAAUAUGCAUAGUGCUUAAAUGAGACCAUAACUCCCAUAACGAUUACAGUUCCGGUUUUGAUGGCCAGCAAGGACAAAACUAUGCUUCAGCUAGUAACCUUUACUCUCCUUGGAGCUCCAGGCUUUAGUUUUUACCCUUCUUCAACCUGUCCUACAUAUCAAAAUGGGGAUAUGAUGACUUUUCUUCUACUGUUUACACCCUGUUUAGCUGCUUAGAUGGUUUUCUUUAAAUCAUUGUUGGCAUCAGUUUGUCAAUCAGGAUGGUCUGAUAUUGUAAACAAGGAGAACAUGGCGUAUCCCUCCGAGAUCAGAACCCAUGUAAACACAGUGUCUUUGUCCACAAAGGAAAGGGACCCACGGCCCCCCGAACAAAUCCCUGAAGCUGUCGGGGCAGACGGUUGUUGCUCCAGGGUCAUCUCUCCUGUUCUGGCUGAUGGGCCCCCUCUCCCGUCUCUGUGACUGCGUGCGAGUCCGAGUACAGCUGGCUGGGCGUGGGCUGCUGCUGGAGGGGGACCCCUCUCAGGGCCUCCCCCUGGGUCAGCAGGUGGACCAUGGACAUGUGGACGUUGAGGUUGUGGGCCUUCUCAAAGCGCUUGCUGCACAGGACGCAGGCAAACUCCAGAUCGGCUUCGGCCUUGUGCUUGGUCAUGUGGUACUUGAGAGAGGCGCGCUGGCGGCACUGGAAGCCACACACUUCACACCUGGGAGAGAGAAGGAGGGCACUGAGGUGAGAUCGAUUGUCAGUUUGAAAGAAAGUUACUUUCAGCU